AUGGGCAAUGAUAUUGUGGGCUUUAAGAAUCUGCUCGCCGGGUACAAAUCUACCAUUAGGAUUGCAAUUGGUGAUGCCAACCUACGCGCGACCGCCGUAAGCGCGAAUGCCAUUCAAGAGUUCAAAGAAUUGCUUGAAAAUACGACGGCCGACCUCCAAGAACACCUCAAGAACCUCGACGACAAGUUGGAAGCACUCCGUAUCCAUGGAAACGAUAUAACAGAUGAAAAUGAAGCCGAGAGAGGACAAAUAUCUGAGGAAAUUGACGGGGCCCAAGAAUGCCUCGCGGUAUGCGCUCGAGCGUCUCACCACGUAGACGAAGUGAGAACAAAUGUCUUCGAGGGUAUCUCCGCUGCCGACGAUGCCCAUCAAGUUAUUAUCUCAACAUUUGGAGGCCUUAUCUCGGCGAAGCGGGUCAGUGCUGGGGUUAAAGCGACGCAGUGGCUGGGACAGAUAUCUGAUGCUGUUCUGCAGCAGCUGGCUCAGAGUCGGGGCAUCGACUUGUCUAGUCGUUCGAGGACGGUGACAAGCGUAGAAGAACAGGCCGGGGGAAACAUAAAUUUGAGGGCGAAUGUUGAGCUAGGCAGAAGCUAGGUUAAUUUAUUCCUGUCGAGGACGAAAGUAGGGUUGGAGUCUC